AUGUGUAAUUUCUUCAUCAGUCUUGGUUCGUGUUGUGACGCAGACCGUCAUGUGAGUUCACCUGAGAAAGUUGGCACCCUUUGCCCCUGCUGCUUUUCGAGCGUAUCCGCAUUAUCAUGUCUUCCUGCCCUGGACCUGGAGGAGAGAAGAAUAUUUUCAGAGAUUGUGUUGAUUGUUGUAUAUAAUCUAUUCUCUCUACUUAUAUCUUCUCGUGCAAUAAAAAGAUCAUCCCAUCUUGUUCUUGGCUGGCCAUUUUGUUGUAAAAGCUUCAUUUGGAUGCAACCAUUCGAAGAACCUUUCAGCUUUGGAAGCCUGGAAAGUGAUGUCAUUAUAGGAACUUUCUACCAAAUGCCAACUAUAGAUGACGCCAACAAUUGGUCAAAGGAAUGUCUUUUGCUGGGGUUUUUUACAAGUUGAACUGCUGGAUAAACGGAGACUAAAAAUGUUUGCCAUCAGUUGCUAUAUAUAAUAGAUUUUGGCAACCAGGUUAUGAUGCCUUCCUCAUCCUCAUGGAAUACCAAGGCCACUAAUACUAAAAUGGCGAUGGCGCAUGCAUUAAAAUUACUUCAAUUCAGAUUAAUUACCGCGCCCUAGAUAUGCUUGCAUUCUUGAUUCAGAAUGAGAUGUCAAAUUUUAUCUAGCUAU